UUCGAAACAACUAUGUAAAUAUCAAUAAGUUCCUUUUUAUUAUGCGGAUCACUUUCCUCUGUUAACAGUAAAUGGUGAAGCAGCAUCGGUAAUACCGACAGAACCAGAAGAAAUUAUCAGUAUGAAGCAAUGAUCCACUGAAUGAUGUAAAAUCGAGUAUCUAGUAGUAUAAACAUUUUUAUUCGGGGUAUUUUUUUAAUUGUUGAGGAAACGUCUUCACCGUGUAACGUUCUUGAAUUCAUUCUCUUUGAUUUAUUGAUCUUCAUUUUGAUUUCUCCAGCUUUCUACUCAUCUGCUUUAUCUGUUUGAGUUUCAUCGAUUUGUAUUUUAUUCCUCUAAAUAUCGGGAAGUGUUUGGUUGUGCGAAAUGAAUUUCGGUUCAACUUUAUUUUUAGUUUUUAUUGGUUGUCCCUUUCUUGGCAUUUCUCUGAUAAAUUCCCAGUUCACCUUACCAAAUCAACCGAUAAAGGAUGCUCUAUAUCUGCACAACACUUCAAUAUCCAAUUUGACCCUCAAAGAUUGCAGUUUCAGACCAUCAAAUAAUCCUAAUGUUUGUCCAGACCAAGAUAUUCGUUUCAUUCUUUAUACUCCUGGUGGUAAGAGAGAGAUUUUCGAUUAUAGUCAGCACGAUUGGUUGAGACAGAGUGGAUGGGAUCCAGAUAAAGAGAAUAUAAUACUAGUUCAUGGAUAUGCAGGUGGAGAUGAUACUUUGCCUAUGGUGGUACUAAGAGAUGCUUAUAUUAGAAACGGAUCUUACAACGUAUGGUUCGUGGAUUGGGGAGUUUUAUGCCAACCACCCUGCUAUAGAGCUGGGGUUCAUAAUACCAAAGCUGUUGCUAUGUGUAUAGGCCAUUUGUUCACUCAACUCAGGAAAGAUGGCUUGGACACUGAUAAAGUUACUUGUGUGGGACACUCGUUAGGUGCUCAUGUUUGCGGCCAAAUCUUCAAAUUCGUUGUGUUCAGGGUACACAGGAUUGUGGGUUUGGAUCCUGCAAGACCACUGAUAACUAACAGUAUCAAAUUGAACAGUGGAAGUGCUGGUGCUGUUCAUGUCUUACAUACAAACGCAGGCCACUACGGAGAGGGUGGAAGAGCAGGUCAUGUGGACUUCUGCAUCAACGGGGGAAAGGUUCAACCGUUCUGUGAAAAUGUUCCAAUUGACGAUCAGCUCUGCAGUCACGUCUGGGCAGUUUGCUAUAUGGCCGAGAGUAUUUUCCCGCAUUUGGCUAAAAAAGCUGAGCCCUGUUCAAGAAGGUGUCCUUCAGGGCCCCGUCCUGGUCACCGCAUUGGAAUACCGAUUUACAUGGGACAGCAGACACCCUUAUCCUCAUCUGGUUCGUACUGCAUCAGAGAUGAACGUCCACCAUUUUGUCCAACGGAAGCUGGAGGAUUUGGAGACCCUAGAUGCUGUUUGAAAGCACCUGACUAUAAACCACCUUCUACAACACCUAUGAAUGAUGUAGAUAGCAUUCAAAAUAAAAUAAAUUAUUGAA